UCUCAUUCUCGCCCCCCUUCCCCCUCCUCUUCUUCUCUCUCUCUCUCUCUCUCUCUCUCUAAUAAUUUAAUGGGUUUGCCAUUGAUUCUGAACCUCCUAGCCAAGAAGUAGGGCAUCCCCCAUGUGUACCUUCCAAACAAGAGUGUGGCCAUUCCUUUCCUUACAUCCUCAGUAGAUGGAGCACUCUCCAAACCAUUCGGCAGCUGAAGGAUUCAGCAGCAGCGAAUCGGGUUGGACGACGUACAUUGCUUCUCCAAUGAAAGGAGAGGAUUCUGGAUGCACUGAGGCGAGUUGGGUCACUCAGAAUGACAAGAUCGCCAGGGUCAGCCGCUCCGAAAACAGAAGAAAAGAGGGCAGCGACGACAGUGAUGGCUCGAUGGCUUCCGAUGCUUCCUCCGGCCCGAGCCACCAUCGGGAAAAGCACGGCAAGGACGGCUGUUCGAAGCCUGAUAAGACGGAAACAUGGUACUCUAACGACAAGUCGAAACGGAAAGAGAAGAAAAAGGGCAAAGCAAGUGCAGUGAAGGGUCCUAAGCAAUGAGAAGUUGUGCUGCUCUUCAGAGAUACCUAUUUCUUUUGGUUUCGCUUUUUGAUGUUUUGACUUAGGAUUAAAAUAAGUUUUACUUGAAUGUAGCUGGAGAUAUGAACACAGUAUGAACUUCUUCAUUUUUCGUUCAUCCAAGCCAAGGCUGAGGGAAUGAGCAUAUUGUCAAGUCCUUUCUUA